UGGAGGAGGGAGAAGCGGGGUAACACUGGCUUUAUGUUAUAUGUUUUUUUAAAAAAUGUAUUGAUUAUAUUGUAUUGAUAGCGCAAAGCUCCAAAUGUAGUUGUAAGAUAAUCCAAUAAAGUGUGAGGAGGAGGUAAUUGAGCAACCCCAUGCUGAUGGAGGGGCUGCAAAUAGAAGAAGGGAAAAAAAACAGCUAAGCCGGGGGUGGAUGACUUCAUGACUGGCAGGUAUGGACUGAUUGUAACACAGCAAGUGUCCUUUAAUGACAAUAUCAGUAACUUAAUAUUCACACUGUGUUUGUUUGUGCUUUAAACACUUCUGUAAUUGUUAUAUAGUUUUUAAAAAAAAAAGGGUGACAAUAGGUGAAAAUAGUAAUUUCCUCUGUUUGGCUCCCCUUGUAUCUGUUAGAUACCUUCAGCUAUUCUCUGAGUGAACGGCAGAGGGCAACGCCAACAGUCUGUUCUCUGUUUUCCAAACUGGGCUACAGGUCAUCGCCUUGAUGCUUCACAAAGGACAUCAAAAACAACAGCAAGGCCUUUGGAUUGAAGGUCUGGUGUCACUGGAGCGCCUCUCCGCGGGAGAACAGCCCGAGACGUGCAUCAUGCUGGACGGCAUAAAAAUUGAAGAUCAUCCCCUGCGAUCGGGACAAGCCACGCUCGGAGUCAUGCUCGGGACUGACUGUCAUCAUCCAUCCGUGUGUGAAGGAUGCCAGCGUCCCAUCUCCGACCGCUUCUUGAUGAGAGUCAACGACUCGUCGUGGCACGAGGAGUGUUUGCAGUGCACCGUGUGUCAACAGCCCCUCACCACCAGCUGUUACUUCAGAGAAAGGAAACUUUACUGCAAACACGACUACCAACAGAUGUUUGCCACCAAGUGCAGCGGCUGCAUGGAGAAAAUCGCCCCCACAGAGUUCGUGAUGCGUGCCCUGGAGUGCGUCUACCACCUGAACUGCUUCUGCUGCUGUGUGUGUGACCGGCAGCUGAGGAAGGGCGAUGAGUUUGUCCUGAAGGAGGGUCAGCUGCUGUGCAAGAUCGACUAUGAGAGGGAGAAGGACUUACUCAGCUCGGUUAGCCCGGAUGACUCAGACUCAGAGAAAAGUGACGAUGAGGAGUUGGACAUCAAGCCGGAGAAAGGCAUAGGAGGCCCGGGGAAGGGGGAUGAUGGGAAGGAUCCCAGGAGGCCCAAAAGACCACGAACCAUCCUGACCACUCAACAGAGACGGGCCUUCAAGGCUUCCUUUGAGGUGUCCUCAAAACCCUGCAGAAAGGUGAGGGAGACGCUGGCUGCAGAGACAGGACUCAGUGUCCGGGUGGUGCAGGUGUGGUUUCAGAACCAGAGAGCUAAGAUGAAGAAGUUGGCAAGAAGACAGCAGCAACAACAAGAACAACAGAAUUCUCAGAGGCUUGGCCAAGAGGUAAUGUCCAAUCGGAUGGAGGGGAUGAUGAACUCCUUCACACCGCUGGCUCCGCCGCAGCAGCAGCUGGUCGCCAUGGAUCAGAAUGGUUACAGCACAGACCCGUUCCAACAGGGGCUCACCCCCCCACAGAUGCCCGGGGACCACAUGAACCCAUAUGGUAAUGAUUCUGCAUUCCAUGACAUAGACAGCGACACGUCUUUAACCAGCCUCAGUGACUGCUUCAUGGCAUCGUCGGACGUCAACUCCAUGCAGGCCCGCGUGGGGAACCCCAUCGACCGCCUCUAUUCCAUGCAGAACUCUUACUUUGCGUCAUGAAAGAGAAGAGUGGAGAAAAAAAACACAGCAGCACAGAAUAAACUGCCCCAUCUCAACCUAAAGCGCGACGGCCAGGAGUUUCUACACCAACAUGGACACGACAGAAGAAACCUUGCAGUAGCUCCUGUGCUGAAGCUUACUCAAAGAUAGUAAAAACCACUUGUUGUAGGACAGUGAAGAUUCCUGGGGAAAAAGACUUAAAUAUUGUUAGAGAUUAUUCGGUAGGAUUGCUUAUCUGUCGCAGGAGGUAUUACUCUUUUCUUUGUUCACUUAAAGAAAACAAGUAGAUAUUGAAGCCACUGAUUACACACUCUCAAACCAAAUAACACAGUGAAUUUAUACAGUGCAUGAUCAAUUGUAAACUAAAUCUUUUUGUAAGCCCCACCCUUCCCUCCGCCCCGGUUAAGAUGUGGUGUUUGGACUGUUCCUUCUUUACACUACAUGGAUUUCCAUGUUCACCGUUAGCAUUUUGAUCACUUUCAAUAGGUUUAGAUAUUGUGUUAAUAGUAAAUAGGUGCAGCAUGUCUGCAAGAGUGACUGUACAUUUGUGUAUGUAUGAGAGUUUGUGGUGAGAAAGAAUUGUUUAGAGGAGAAAAAAAAAGGUGGAGAAUUUGUCGGCCGAGUAGGAUCAGUGAAGUGUAAAUACUUUCCCCAGGCAAAUUGGAUGUGCAUGUUACAAAAUGGAAAGCAUUCUAUUUAUUUAACUAUAACAGGCUCUUGAAGGUGCAUAUUAAAACUGAAAAGCUUUAUUUAAAAAGGAGAGCAUUUUUUUUGUUGAGUAAUUAGUGAGUUCAUGAGUGUCACAGCUCAUCUGUAUGCCUUUUUAAUAUGAAGAUUAACCCUUUUGUUUUGUUUUUCCUUCAGCCAAGCUGUAAAUGAGCAAUGUUGCUAUUUAUUUCGUACAGACCAUAAACCUUUUGUUGUCAUUGUCAUAUGUGCAUUCUCAAAAUGUUAAAGUUGCUAACUGACCAAAGUUGACUGGUUUGAUGAAUAAACAAUGUCUUUCUCCUGAUAACAUUAAAUAAAUGCCAUUCAGUGAUCAUUCAUAUGGUAACCAUGUCAAGUCCCAAAUAUCACCUGCUUACGUGUAACCUCAACUCAUUACAUUGGGAUUUGUCAGUUGUGCUAGUGGCGUAGCUCAAGGGAUAACAAUGUCAGUCUGUUGGUCGGCAUGCUAUAGACCGAAUCAUGAUGUUUGUUCACAAUAACUACCAGGUAGAAAUGAAACAGCACUGAGCAAACACUGCCUCAAUUCGCUAGUUUUUCCCCAUCUAAAAGAAAAAAAUAUAGAAAUAUAGAGAUGUCAAUAUUAGUUUAAGUGUACACUAUAUUUAGAAUGUUGUUGUUUUUUUUACCGUUUACCUUGCACUCAGACAAUAAUUUCUGACAGGCAGCUGAAGCUGUUAUCUUACAGUCUCCAGACAAAAACAGUAAAUUUACUUCACAGAACAUGGGAGUUGUUGGUCUACUGCUACCUUGAUCACUUAGUGUGUAAAGUAAAGCAGAGAAAAUAUUCUAAUUGCAGUGUACACUUAAACUGACAUUGUUUUUUUUUAGGUGUCUAAAAUAUGCUUACAUGCAGAUACAUUUGGUUUAUCAAAUACACUUGGAAAGCAGCACAGUACAUAAAAUAAGCACAGCAGAAACAUCAAAUAGGUUAGGCCACUGUGUAUUACUAUAUAUCUGUAAAUGUUAUUCAUUCAUUAUCUAUAACUGCUUUUCCUGUUAGGGGUUGUAGGGGGUCUGGAGCCUCUCCCAGCUGACACUGGGUCAGCGGCAGGGUACACCCUUGACACAUCACCAGACUAUCACAGGGCUGACAUAUAGAGACACGCCAACAAUCACCUACGGGCAAUUUAGAGUAACCACUUAACCUACCCUGCAUGUCUUUGGACUGUUGGAGGAAGCUGGAGUACCCUGAGAAAACCCACAUUGACAUGGGGAGAACAUGUAAACUCUGCACUGAAGGUCUCCCCCACUCUGGAGCUGAAACCAGGAACCCUCUUGCUGUGAGGCGACAAUGCUAACCACUGCAUCACUGUGUCGCCAAACAAUACUGCUGAAAAUGUCAUCAGCUAUAAACAAGCUCUCAAAUUUCCCAUAUCACCACAGGAAGUGAUUGUUAUUGUAAGCACAGCGUCACUGUGAUUCAGUUUGUAACUAUUGGUUGGAUUGUCACAAGAUUUGGCAUGGACAUUCAUGGUCCUUUGAGGAUGAAUCCUCAUGACGCAGAAACGGAGAUUUUCUUGAACGAUGACGCAGAUACCCAUGUUUGCUUCCUGACUGAGUCUUAUUAGUCAUGACAUGUCAAGUCAAAACAUUAAAGCUAGGUCUACACAC